AAAAAGACCAAAACUAAGACUUCCCCUGGUGCGACAUUCUCCAUCGUUCCGUCGGUCUGCGGCUUGCGUCCGCGCACCCACGCCCCGAGCCACGCGUCUGCGUAGGGCACCGUGAUUCCCUCCCCGAUCCCCUCCCCCUUUCCUAUCGCAUCCGCGCGAGUGCCGCGGAUCCACGCGCCCCAAUCCGUCCCCGAGAGCGCCCCAAUCCGUCAGCGAGGACGUCCGCGCGAGCGCCCCGAUCGCCUCCUCCUCUCUCGCGGUCAUCCCGUGCGUCGGAUUCGUCGCCAUCCAGGCGCUGCUCCGUACUCCGCCUCCCCCACCGACGCCGCCCUGUCCCUGCAGUGCCUCUCCUUCCCUCCCACGACACCGCCAACUACGACGGCGAGGAUCGAGAUGCCGACUCCCCUUACGGCACGGUGCAGCCGAGCACCGCCGGUGGCCGCGGCCGCAACUGCCCACCCAGCGCCGCCCGCGCCUCGCCUCUACCGAGGUCACCACGCCGCUGCCAGAAUGGAAGGGCUGCUGAACAGCGAGGUGCAGGAGGGGAAGCUCUUCGCCUUGCACCGCGUCAACACCGACCUACAGGGCCCCUUCUUCUCUGUGUUCGACAUCUCACCAGGCUCACCGUCGACCUGGACCAGGGAGCUCCCGGUGAUGCUCGAGGCCUCCCGAAGCCGCGGUGCCGCCAACGCUGCCACAUGGGACUUCUUCGCCGCGGGCGAGGGAUCCCACAAGGUCUCCCUCGGUGGUGAUUUCAGCAUCCAGCUUCUUCCGUGGAUGGGUUGCAAGUUGCUUGUCUGUUUAGAUCGCUGCUUGGAAUUGAAGAGAUUUUUCCUCGAGCACUGCUAUUACGAAGUCAUCGAUAGCCUCAGGUUGACAUGGAUGAUGCCCACCAGUGUUCGCAAAAAUGCCCUUAAGAGGUGGAGUUUUUUUUCAUAGGUGACAAUAUAUAUGUCAUUAUGGAUCCUGCAGGAAUUGCAUGCUCAUUUCAUAACUCAGCUAAUCUAUUACCUUUGCAAACAGAUUGACUCAUAUAGUCAUAUUAAGGGGAACCACAAAUUUCAGAAGAUAGGUAUGAGAGCUAUAAGCUAUUCCUGGGAGAAAAAGUGAGGUUACCUGCACUUGUUUGGAUCUCAAUUCUCACGGGAUUGGAUCUGUGGUACAAGGUGCAGUGUUCCUCGAUGUUGCCUGGUUCAACCUCUUAUCUGGUUAAAUUCCAUUUGUCUUUGUAGUUAUCUCCUACAACUAAAAAGACUAAAGAGUGGACAAAUUUUGGUGCGACUUUUUAACUUCAUCCGUCUGCCGUCCCUGUGAACUCAGGGCAAUUUCGCACGCGGUUGCCCCGGCGCUAAUCACGCUCCCUUCUCCCCCGCGCCUUUUAUUAGAGCUUUAUCCAGAAGGCAAUCUACCAUUUUUGCUGCUGAUUUCAGAAAGCUUUCAUUCAAGCUAUAUUUAAGCUAAGCAUAUUCAAGAUAUUUUAGUUGAUAUUAACUUUAAUUAUUAUUGUUAACCCUUUCGUAGUCAAACAUUAUUUGAUUGUUAGAAAAGAUCUACCUUUCUUAGUACUAUGAGACUUUCAGUCUAAUUAGCUAAUUAUUUUGUGUGCACCAAACUAUCUUAUUGUCUUAAUAUUAUUUCCAAACUCAGGUUGAUUUAACUAUGAUUCAAAUUUAGACUAUGUGGUUGUAUGAUUCAUGAAUCCAUAAGCAAGGCGGCAGUUACCAACUUAUGGAUGUAGGUGAUUAUUUUUUGUGGUUUUUAUGAUCCCCUUUAGCAGACUAAGUAACAUAGUAGUUUUCACAUAUUCCCUAGCCUACACUGUAUUUAGCCUCAUGUUAAAUAAAAUGGUUGAUGCCACCAAUGUACAUCAGUCGAUUGUUAACUCGUUGGUUGCUGUGCGUGGCAUCUUCACUGUCGCUUUUUGGUUGCUGCUUUGGCAGGUCGGAAACUGGGCAGAUGACUUGAAAUCGUUGACUUGGGAACUUGCAAUGCAGAUAAAGAAAUAAAAACUACUUUGGGAACUUACCAAUGCAGAUAAAGAAAUAAAAACUACUUCAGCAUGGGUUCUGCCCAAAGCCAGUUGUUGACGGUCCUUAAGUAUCAAAUUUAAUUAUCAAAUAAAUAAAGAAAAGGAUCCAAAUGAAAUCAAGA